AUAUCCUAUACAGACUAAUGACAACCCAAGCCCCACUUCUGACAUUACCAGUCAUAGUUCUGAUGACUCCAGCCCUGACAAUGGCCCUCGAGCCACCCCUGACAAUGGCCCUAGAGCCACCCCUGACAAUGGCCCUCGAGCCACCCCUGACAAUGGCCCUAGAGCCACCCCUGACAAUGGCCCUCGAGCCACCCCUGACAAGAACAACCCCCCACCAUAACAGCGACCCCAGGUCUGGCCCUGCCAGUGGAGGGGCAUCGGACAAGGACCCUGCAUCCAGAGAGGAAGAUGAGGAGGGAGAGGAGAGGAGCACCAAGAUCUCAGCAAACCCAGGGACUAAGUCCAACAAGACCAAAGGCGGUCAUCAGAGGCCGUUCCCCUGCUCUAGGUGUGGGAAGCGUUUAUCCACCACUGUUAGCUUAGACAAACACCAGGUCAUCCACACCCGACUGAGACCGUACCCCUGCUCCGUACCGGCCUGCGCCAAGAGGUUCUGCUCACCAGCCGAGCUGAAGAGACACACACUCACACACACAGGAGAGAGACCCUUCCCCUGUCCAGACUGUGACAAGAGCUUCACCAUACUGGCUGCUUUAAAGACCCACCAGAGAACACACACAGGAGAGAGACCUUACGUCUGUGAGGUGUGUGGCAAGGGCUUCGCCCAAACGGGGAACCUGAAAUCCCACGAGCGCAGGCACACCGGAGAGAGACCGUUCUGCUGCUCCUUCUGUGGGAAGACAUUUGUGGAGUCUGGCCAUCUGAAGAAGCACCAGCGUAUCCACACCGGAGAGAAACCGUACCACUGCAGCAGCUGCCCCAUGAAGUUCCCUUCCUCCAGCGAGCUCCGGGUCCAUGAGAAGAUCCAUAGUCAGGACAAGCCUCACAGCUGUUCCUACUGCGACAAGGCAUUCAAACAGCUGUCCAACCUCAAGCUCCACCAGAGAAUACACUCUGACCAGAAGCCGUACGCCUGCUCCUACUGCGACAAGACCUUCCGUGCUCAGGGGACCUUAAAGGUGCACCUGAGGACUCACACAGGAGAGAGGCCUUACCCCUGCUUCGACUGUGACAAGCGUUUCAUCACGUCCUCAGAGUUGAAGGUGCACCAGAGGAUUCACACAGGAGAGAAGCCCUUCUACUGCUACGACUGUGGGAAGAGUUACUAUCAGCUGAAGCAGCUGAAGGAACAUAUGAAGUUCAACCCGGACCACAGCACCACGCGUAGCGGACUCAAUAACAUAGAGGACGAGGACAAGCUCUACUCUACGUCACGUGAUGAUGUAAUAAUGUCUUGAUUUCUUUUUUUUAGUUGGCUAGAAACAGACAUUACAUUUUUAUUUUUUUUAUUUUAUUUUAUUUAACUAGGCAAGUCAGUUAAGAACAAAUUUGUAUUUAUAAUGACGGCCCACCCCGGCCAAACCUGGACGACGCUGGGCCAAUUGUGCGCUGCACUAUGGGACUCCCAGUCACGGCCGGAUGUGAUACAGCCUGGAUUCAAACCAGGGACUGUAGUGAUGCCUCUUGCACUGAAAUGCAGUGCCUUAGACCGCUGUGCCACUCAGAAGCCCCCUCAAUAUAUAUAUAUAUAUAUAUAUAACUGGUUAUAUAUUUAUUUAUCAUCCUCGGGGAUGCCAUCGAUGCCACAUCAUUGGAAAGAGAGACAGAACAUUAUUUUGCGAGCACUCUACUCGUUCCAUGAUGACGUCACAGUGGUGAUGUCAACAUGUCUAUUAGAAUGUUCUGUCGUUGUGCUGAGCAGACACAAGGUCAACGCUUUGUUUAAGAUGUUGGCAAAAAUGGUCAUUUUGAUUAAAUGUUGUUUUAAAAAAAAA